CCCCCCCAUGGCGUCCCGGCUGCUGGAGCGUCUGAAGCGCUCGCUGUUUAAGGAUGGCCAGGGGGCGGGGCCAGAGCAGGAAGCAGCAGAUGGACAGGAAGAGGAGGAGUUUACAGAGGAGCGGUGGGAGGCGGAGCUGGAGGAGGACGAGGAGGAGUGUGUGACGGAGCGCCUCGGGGGAACGCUGAGCUUCAACAACGCCGCCCUCGGAGACGGAGACAGUGGAGGAGAGGACAGCGACUCUGACUUCCUGGGGGACUCCAUGGAGGACGGGAUCAGCAGCACAGACAUCAGUCCUGGGGGCGUGUCUCCAGCGGGUGUGUCUCCGGCGUCCUCAUCUGUGAUGGCGGUGUCUCCGGCGUGUGUGUCUCCGGCGGCCGUGUCUCCAGCAGCCGUGUCUCCGGCGUCCUUCCUGCUGACUCGGCAGCUCCAGGACAGCUGGAGGACGCUACGUAGACUGACGGCAGGAAGCAACAACUCUGCUGACAGACAGCUGACAGACAACCUGCUGUUUGAAGUGACCGACGCCAGCGUGGUGACCGACGGCUCCUCCAAAUACGUGCUGUACACCAUCCAUGUGAUCCAGUCUGGAGGUGAUAAGACUCCCGCCAUCAUCACUCGCCGAUACUCUGACUUCCAGCGGCUGCACGCAACGCUGCGCCGUAACCACGGAGACCAGAUGGAGCGAGUCUGUUUCCCACGGAAGAAGCUGCGUAGGAACUUCACGGCGGAGACGAUCGGCAGGCGGAGCCGAGCCUUCGAGCAGUACCUGUCUCACCUGUGUUCCCUGCCGGGCCUGCGGGGGACGCUGUGCGUUCGACUCUUCUUCUACCUGACGGACCUGCAGAACGCCCAGCUGCUCCUCAGGGCGGGACGUUUUCCGGAGGCUCUGGGUCCGCUGCUCAACGCCAAGAGACUACAACACAAACUAGGCUGGACGGAUUACCACGACGACAGCCAGGCUCCGGCCCCGCCCCCGGCCUCCUCCCAUUGGCUCUUCACCCUGGUGGGUCUGUGGCGCUGUUUCCAGGAGGCGGAGCAGCUGGAGGAGGCGCGGCAUCACUGCGAUGCGGCGCUGCGCAUCAUCACGCCAGCCGAGGAUAAGCCCCGCCCACCUACUGACAGGCCACACCCCCUGCUGCUGCCGCUGCUGCGCGCCGUGGUGCGCCUGUCUUGGCAGACAGGAAGAGACAAACGACGGUGGGAGGAGCUACUGCAGCAGCUGGGGGAGCAGGGGGCGGGGCUAGACAAUCAGCCAAUCAUCACAGAGUUUCUGCUCAAUCACAACCUGCAGGAGAGCGAAUGGGAGGGAUAGAAACACACACACGCGCGCGCACACACACACACACACACACACACACACACACACACACACACA